GGGCGCGUGGAUGAAAGUUUGGUCCGAAUUCCGCGCCGGGGACUCUAACCGUCAUGUUAAGAUAAAGCAGAAAGGUGCAGUGCUGAACAUGCUAAAGAGGUUAGACAAAAUAAGGUUCAGAGGUCACAAGAGAGAUGAGUUCCUUGAUAUAGCAGAGUCUCCCAAUGCUUCAGACACUGAGUGCGGAGAUGAAGUCCCUAUGAAAAUACCUCGUACAUCAGGAAAAGACAGUGAUGAACUGAGAGACCCUGCUGGUCCUGGGAUCAUCAACAUGGCUUCAGGAGUCCAGGAUUAUAAUCGGACAGAAUCUGAUAGACUGAAUGAGAUCAAAGGCCAUCUGGAAAUUGCCUUGCUGGAAAAACAUUUUUUGCAGGAGGAGCUCAGGAAGCUGAGAGAAGAAACAAAUGCUGAAACAUUGAAACAAGAGCUAGAAAAAGAACGUCAGAGGAGGAUAGAACUGGAACAAAAAGUCAAUGAAAUACUCAAAACAAGAACAGAAGAGCCACCACCUCCUCCUCAGCUGCCUGCGAAAGCACAGACACAAGCCAAUGGAACAGAUAAACGUAGCCACAUGAUGUGUUCGAGAGUUCAGAAGUGGGUUUAUGACAAAUUUGGGGAAUACAUCGAAGACUUCAGAUUUCAACCAGAAGAAAACACCGUAGAAACGGAAGAGCCGCUUAGUGCUAGAAGACUUACUGAAAAUAUGAGACGAUUAAAGAGAGGUGCCAAACCUGUUACGAAUUUCGUGAAGAAUCUUUCUGCCUUAUCGGACUGGUAUUCUGUCUACACUUCUGCUAUUGCCUUUAUUAUCUACAUGAAUGCUGUAUGGCAUGGCUGGGCCAUUCCUAUGUUCUUAUUUUUAGCAAUUUUGAGGUUAUCCCUAAAUUACCUCAUAGCUAGGGGGUGGAGAAUACAGUGGAGUAUUGUGCCUGAAGUUUCUGAGCCCAUUGAGCCUCCAAAGGAAGACCUCACAGUGUCAGAAAAGUUCCAGCUUGUUCUGGAUGUGGCACAAAAAGCACAGAACCUGUUCGGCAAGAUGUCAGACAUACUGGAAAAAAUUAAAAACUUGUUUAUGUGGGUCCAGCCAGAAACAACGCAGAAGCUAUAUAUUGCCCUGUGGGCGGCUUUUAUUGCAUCCUGCUGUAUUCCAUAUAGGAUUAUUGGGCUUGCAAUGGGACUUUAUGCAGGAAUCAAAUUUUUUCUUAUUGAUUACAUCUUCAAGCGAUGCCCAAGAUUGCGAGCGAAGUACGAUACUCCUUAUAUCAUUUGGAUAAAUUUGCCCACAGAUCCUCAGCUCAAAGAGAGGACUAAUGCCACAGUUUCAAGAAGGCUUCAAACCACAGCCUCAAGAAGUUGCGUAGGUGCAACUGCCCCCACCGGAGUCAACAGAGAUGAGGAUAGUAGCCGUUUCCAUACCACUAAAAGAGGCAACUUCCAUGAAGUCUUUAAUCUGUCAGAAAACGAGCGUCCUUUGGCAGUGUGUGAAAAUGGUUGGCGCUGCUGCUUGAUUAACAGAGACAGGAAGAUGCCUACAGACUACAUCAGAAACGGAGUGCUAUACGUUACAGAAAAUUACUUAUGUUUUGAAAGCUCCAAAUCCGGUUCCUCUAAAAGAAAUAAGGUUAUAAAACUCUCAGAUAUAACAGAUAUUCAAAAGUACAAAGUCCUUUCAGUUCUCCCAGGAUCUGGGAUGGGUAUUGCAGUCUCAACACCAUCUACACAGAAACCUUUAGUGUUUGGUGCCAUGGUACACAGAGACGAAGCUUUUGAGACCAUUUUCAGCCAGUAUAUGAAGAUAACUUCUGCAGCAUCCUCCAGCGAAAGCUAGUACAUCACCACAACUGGUUCUUCAGGGGGGACUUCCUUUUUUAAAAUUCAGUUUACUCUCUUGAUUGUGGGGGAAAAGGUGGAAUGCCCUUCAUCAAUUCUGCAAUA